AUGUAUUCAACGCUAAUGCACACUGAAACCCCUUUCAUUAAUAUUCAAGAAAUUUAUUUUAUUGGUAAUCCAAAGACCUUUUGUAAGGAUGAUAUUAAUUUCACCUGUAAGGAAAUAUUAUUAGACCUUGCCACUGCAACUGAAUUAUUGAGCUUAUUACACAUCGUUUUUCCCACUAUCCAUGGUUAUAAAUUUUAUCACCUACAACCUGUUACAAUAAAUAAUUGUACAAUUUACGAAGUAACGCUUGAAUCAAAUCGCGAACUAAAAAUACAACAAGAUUUUGUUGAGAAAAAUUUAGGAACGAUUAAGGAAAGAGUGACUCGUUCGUUGGCUUCAGCAAAAAAAAUCUGGAGUAAAAUAGAAACUUCAUUUUUGCUUCAAUAUUUGCGUUCUAAUCAUACAAAGGUUAUACAACUAGAAAGUCGCGGUACAAUAGCUAAGGAAGUGAGAUCGUCUCUCUGGAAUGGCGCUUCGGAAGCGUUACGAGAAAAAGAAUGCUUUUGUUUGCCUCAUCAAUGUGAAAUUAAAUGGAAGAAUUUAAAGGCGGCUUAUAUUAAAAAAGAUCAGAUUUUGUGGUGUAGGUUAGAAGUUGAAGAAAUUCUUGGCAGCAGCAAAGCUUGUUUGAUAGUGGGAUCUCCCGAAAGUAUUCUGGUCGAGAAUAGUGCAGAUGAUGUAAUGGAAUAUUAA